AGGUAGAGGGAACGAGGGAGGAAGAGAGAGAGAGACAUAGUUCAAUGUUUUAAAAAUGUUUUAAAAAUGCCCUUCCUGGUUGUAAAUCACUUCCUCUCUGCUGAGAAUCAGAUUGAGCUUUAAAGUAAAACAGCAGGUUUGAGUUAAUCUGAUCCACUGAACUCCAGAACUGAGUCUUCUGUACUCUUCUGUUCUGUGGAUCUCUCCACCCACACUUCUCUGGAUCUCUCCACCCACAGUUCUGUGGAUCUCUCCACCCACUCUGCUCCGCAGCCCUGGAGUCGUUACAGCCUUAUGGAUCCAUUGAAGUCCAGACUUCUUCUCCUCGAGAGUCAUUUUACCUGGGCUCUGAGUGAGGAGGAUUUCAGUCUCCACGACUUGGUCAACCGCUUAAGAGAGCAGAUUGAACUGGAAUUGAAAUCUGGAGAGGCGAGAGUCACUCGUUCGUAUUGCUCUUUGGCGUAUGUUAGGUAUCUCUAUGGCGAUCUGGUUGAAGCGCUUGCAGAUCUUAGCAAAUCUGAGGACCAUGCCAAACGACACUUUGGUGAGAGGAGUGAGAAGUUUCUCAUGGUCACCUAUGGGGACUUCGCCUGGUUGUACUUUCACAUGGGGAAAGUCUCUUUGGCUGAAGAUUAUUUGAAGAAAGUGGAUGAGAUCAGGGUAAAGUUUGGAUCCAGUAACGAAGUCCACAAUGAGGUGCUCAGGGAAAAAGGAUGGGCCUUCCUUAAGUUUUCUAGAAAGUACUACAAUGGUGCUGGAGAAUGCUUCAGACUGGCCCUCGAAACAAAUCCAGAUGACCGUGACUUAAACGCUGGUUAUGCUAUUGCUUUAUAUCGCACAACAUUGGAUCCCCCAGGUUCACGUGACUCGAUGACUAUUGCCCAACUCAAACGUGCCAUUGACUUGAAUCCAGAAGAUGCCGUUCUCCUUGUGUUUUUGGCCCUCAGAUUAAUCCAGAUAAACAAGAGUCCAUCUAGCCCUCACUCCAAAGUGCAGGAUCCCUUUCAGAUGAUCGAAUCUGUUGAGGCAAUCAUGUUGGUAGCGAAGGCGCUUAAGAUGUCGCCUGAGAAUCCACAUGUAAUGCGAUAUGUAGCGAUAUUCUGCCGUAAGCUGGGAUCUGUCGACUUUGCCAUUUGCCAGCUGGAGAAAACACUUGUACACACCCCCGAUUCAGCCUUCACCUAUCAUCAGUUAGGCGUAUGCUACAUGACAAAAAAGAUAGAAUUUGAAAAGAAAUAUGGACACUGUCGUAAAACUGAAAACUAUGAAGCACAGAACUGUCUUCGGAAGAGCAUCUACCUCAUGGAAAGAGCCGUUUCGCUGAAGCCCACGUUUAUUGUUGCUUUGGCUACACUGGCGGUGCAAUACGGACAAAUGGGAAACAUUUUGAAGGCGGAGGAGCUUUUCCAGCAGGCAUUUCAACUUGCUUAUGAGAAGAAGGAGCAUCUCCAGGUAGUCUACGAAUUGUAUGGCCAAUUUCAGCUGUACAGCAAAAGAUCUGAGCAGUCUGCAAUUUACUAUUACAUGGAGGGUCUAAAGCGACAAGAUGAUAAACAAGAGUGGGAGAGGUGUGAAAAAGAACUGAGGGAAAUUGCUGAACAUCGAGCUGCAAGGGAUCCAAAAGACAGUAAAUCAUACGCCAUAGAAGGAUUUAUUCACGAGCUGAAGGGCGAAAAGCUAAAUGCAGAAGCGUGCUAUAAGAAAGCCUUGACCACGGGUGUUGCAAUUGGAGAAAGUCCUCUGCUUACAGAGCUAAGAGUUUGGCUUUUAGCAUUCAAGGGAGCAGAGGAACGUGCUAGAAACGUGAUCCUAGACAGUCGUUCCCGUGCUGAGGAGGUGCUGGGUUUUGGAAGACCAGUGCUUCAAAAAGGAACGAUGGCUAAGAAAACUGUGUGCCUGGUUGAGACUGAUCUUUGCAAUGCCAAGAAAAUUCUCCCAAGAGAACGGUCCCUUCUUGCCCCUGGACCCCACGCCAUCGUUCUUGCCUUUCUUCACGAGGGACAACUCAAGAAGACCAGAUCAGUCCUACAGGAUCUGGAGAUCUUUGGUCGGAGCUUCUGGAAGCAUGUGAUCGUGUUGUUUACUAAUAAAACCACUUCCUUAAAGGGAAGUGUAGCGCAGUGGCUCCUGCAGAAAUGUGGAGGCAGGUUCUACAUUGCUGGGGUUGGGACUCGGACAGCUCAGGCCAUGGAGUUCUCCGAGAGGAUUAUGACCAUGAUUUCAAGGAACAAGACCAUGCACCUGAUAGUCCCAGCACUUGUGAACCGGUCCUUCUUAAAGAUGGUUACGGAGACAGAAAGUGAAAAUAAAUUUACACCAGAAGUGAUAACUGAGGAGGGCCAAUUGAAGUACAGGUUUCUGUGCAAACAUGCCGGAUGGUUCCAUUGUUCUUUCACCAGGCUGGGAUUCAGAAUGAAUGGAGAAGGAGAGGUGGUGUACAGAACUGUGGACGAGGACAGCAGCUGCUCAGCUUCACCCAAUCAGUAUUCAGCAGGUCCUCUGUACGAUAUCACAUGUGUCGGGGGUCAGCUCUCUCAUCUUCAGCUCCCCCACUGCGAGAUCUCCCCAGAUGACUGUCGCUUCAUGACUGUGGAGCAUUACACUGAAGGGAAGGUGGAGGUCCUGAAAGCUGAUUAUAUCACACACACUCAUGUGAGCGUGAGGGUUCCAGGACUGUCACUGUUUCAGCUGAAAUACAUGCUGAACUGGUUUAAAGGUAAAAUCAGGGGACAGCUGAUACUGACAUAUUACCCUCUACCCAAACACCGGCUGCACGUGUUCCUACGGCCUCAUAACACAGACCUGCACAAGCUACUCAAAAAAGGCAGUAUACGUCUUGAAGGAGCUUUCGACACCAACCUUAAACACGGACACCGGUACAACCUGACCUGUGAAGAUGUAGAACAACAGGAAAGGCAGCAGAAAAUACAAGACAGUGACGGUCUUUUCCUGAGACACAUCUUCACCGACAACCCAACGUUUGUGAUCCACCUGGAAAGAAACACAAUGAACAUAAAGUUACAUCUAAAGGAGAAAGGCACCGAUAAAAUGGUCUGGGGAUAUGAUUUACCAGACCUUAGAGAAUAUCAGGACAGAAGCACUUCAUCCGAUGAAAGUUAUCAGAGAAAGAUCACUACACCGGAUAAAAAGAAAUGCAUGGACUUCUUUCUCGGGAAUUGGGAUGAACUGGUCCAAAAGGUCACCAAUGUGGACGCCAUUCUGGAUCGCCUGGUUCGAUUCAUUUGUUCAGAAAACAUAAAUGAGAUCAGAAACCAGAGCACUCCACAGGCCAAAACCAGGGCUCUACUUAAUUUAGUGGGGAAAACUCUGUCACCACAGGAACUCUAUCGAAGUCUAGCAGAUGUUCAUCCAGACCUGGUGAAGGACAUGCUGUGAAAUAAACAGAGACUGACCAGGACCAUGUGAUUAGUCGUGAACAUAGACUUUCUACGAGCCUUAACCCUGGAAUUCCACCUACGGUUCAGAGAAAGCCUCUCUGAUGUUGAGGCUUAAAGGAGAACUCCGGUGUAAAAUUGACUUUGGGUGUAGUAAAACAUGAUGAAGAGUACUAACCCGUCUCCUAUUUCCGGCAGCUUUCCGAGAUCCAGCAAUUUUAUUCUGUUUGUCCAAAUACCCUUUAGAAUGGGUCUUAAUGGGGCAUAUUUUGCCCCUGCAGAAAAAUGUCACUUUUAACACCGUUAUCCAGCUCAAAGUAGCUCCACACCUCAUUGAUAGAAUCCAGAGAGCCCUGACACUUAAAACGAGGCAUUAAAAUAGGAAUCUGCCAAAGUCAGAGCUCACCUGACUACCUGACUAAAGGGAAUGAUGAGCAAGUUGUAUAAAACAUUGAGAAACGUUCUUAUAACAUUCAGUUAACUAAAAAAACUAAAACAGUGUAGAAAUUACAUUUGUUCGCACUUUACCGAGGAAUUGUUUAAAUUUAACACCAGCUUUUUCAUUAUUUCUUCUGAAAUCAAGAGAAUUCAAGAGUUUAUGAUGCUUUUGUUGGAAUAACUGUCUCUACUGUAACAAUGCAAUGUUAAACUGUUUUUGUACUAAUUGUUGUAUAUCUUGUAAAUUGUAAAGAAUGUGAAUGAAAACAUAUAGAGUGAUUAAAUCACUAUUUAUUUUA